AUGGAAAAACACCAACAUGUUACAGAAACCACAUUCAGUCGUCACCAGCUAUGGAAACCUGUUAUCGGAGAUGUUGCAGCAGCAGCUCUCUCAGCAACCUUGAUCACCCCAGUCAUCGCAGUCAUCGACCAAUCAAUGGUUGAAAAAGUCUCUUUCAACAGACCACUUCUCCAAGGAAUGAAGAUAAAUAGCUUGAACGCGAUCAAACACCCAGGUCGCUUCAUCUUUGGCCGUGCGUUCGCCUAUGUCUGGACACUCUACGGCGCAACAUAUGCCGUUUCAAACGCAUCAGACACGCUCGCUCAUGAAUUCCACAGAGCGGCUGUGGGAACAAUCACGUUUGUUAACACCAUGAUAAUCAACGUGCCCCUCGGCGUUCUCAAAGAUGUGCGCUAUGCUCAGAUGUUCAGUGCUCCAAGCACACCAACAGACAAAGUAGCACCGCCCAUCAAGCCCGGCGUACCCAAGGCUGCCACGGCUGCGUUUCUGAUGAGAGAUGCCAUUACCAUCUUUGGAUCUUUCACAAUGGCUCCAUGGUUAUCGUCUCUUAUUCCAGACAGUUUGUCUUCAAAUCCGCAUUCCAAGGCUAUCAUAUCGCAGCUCACUGUACCCAUCUUCUCACAAUUUGCUGCUACACCAGUUCAUCUUCUUGGGCUGGACUUGUACUCGAGGCCCCGUGGUGUGCCGUGGGUGGAGCGGUCGGCACAGAUCCGAAGGGACCUGUUUUCAGCGACGAUACUACGCUCUCUGAGAAUUAUUCCAGCCUUUGGAGUUGGGUGUGUCGUGAAUAUGGAAGCACGAUCACGAUUUCAUAAUUUGUUCGAAAAGGUCUAG